AUGACCCCCUCCGCGGCCUCUCCUCAGAGCGCCAGCCUCAAGCGAGCGUAUCCCGCCGACGAACUUCCCCCUCCACCACAGCCGGAGCCGGCUGUGGCAGUCUCGAGCAACUCUCCUGCCCCCAGUUCUGUAGCGUCGGCGACCUCCGCGUUCAGGAAUGUGUCCGCCUGCAAUCGCUGUCGUGUUCGUAAGAACCGAUGCGACCAACGGUUGCCCACCUGCUCGACCUGCGACAAGGCCAACGUGCGAUGUGUAGGUUACGAUCCUAUCACCAAGAGAGAGAUACCCAGGAGCUAUGUCUACUACCUCGAGACCAGGCUAGCCUACUUUGAGCAGCUGCUCAAGGCAAAUGCCAUCUCCUACAAUGCCGGCGAGGUCUUUAGCGCCGAGUCCAAAGAGCUGAGGGACGCCGUCCAGUCGCCGGGCAGCGCAAAGGGCUCCUGGGUCGGACCUCAGUCGCCCAGCAAUGGUUCACCACGCCCGAUCCGCGCCGAGGACUGGGACAAGAGGCAAGAAGAUGCCGAAAAGCUGAACAAGCUGGUGUCCAACAUCGGGAUGGUCUCUGUUCAAGGUGCUUCCGAUGCACGAUAUCUGGGUUCAACCUCUGGCAUAUCGUUCGCUCGGGUAGUCCUGGCCGCGGUCAAAAGCUCGGUCUCGAGCAGCAACUCAGAGCGCGCAGGCGUGAGACCCAGCCGCCCUGUGCCCAACCUUGCCAGCUCGGGCGGCAGUUCCAUGAGGGAUUCAUAUUUUGGCUUACAAACGAAACCGACCAUCAAGGAGGCCCCCUUCCCCGAUCGGGCCCUCGGUGAGAAACUAGUCAAUCUGUACUUUGAACAUGCCAAUCCCCAAAUUCCGAUCUUGCAUCGAUCGGAAUUCAUGGACCUAUUUGAUCGUACAUACUCGAUCGAAGCCUCGAAGCGGACCAGUCGUGAACUCUACCUGCUCAGCAUCGUCUUUGCGAUCGGUGCCGGUAUCAUCUGGGGCUCAUCGGAUCCGCAGCCAGAUACCCGCGAAGCCGAGUACGCUCCUAAGAGAGCCAGGCUUGCAAUGCAACAGGCUCAGCCUGAGGAAUAUCAUGCUUCCGCUAUCGUCAACCUCGGGUCGUUUCUGGCAUCCAGCUCCUCCGCCGAGGCUGCCCAACGACCGAAUGGUGAUCUGGAAGAGCUUCAGGCCGUCUUACUACUGUGCAGUUUUGCUCUCCUCAGACCUGUGGCUCCAGGACUGUGGUACAUUGUAGGUGUCGCCAUGAGGCUGGCCGUGGACCUCGGCCUCCACUACGAAGACGGUACUGGAAUCGACGAUAACAUGGAGAUGCAAGGAGGACCACGAAACCCGGCCGACAGGCCACCAAAGCCCGUCGAUGCGAAAGAGAAAGGUCGACGUGAAUGGCUUCGUGAUUUGCGUAGACGACUUUGGUGGUGCACGUACACGUUUGACCGCCUCGUCAGCACGUGCGUAGGACGACCAUUCGGUAUUACCGAUCAAGUCAUUACCACAGAGUUUCCCUCUCUCCUCGACGAUAAACACAUCAGCCGAGCUGGCUUUUCGCAGCCGGCGUUCCCCGAAGAACCCACCUACAAAUGGGUUUCGCACCAUUACUUCCGUCUGCGGCUGUUGCAGUCCGAGAUUCUCCAGGUGCUCCAAUAUCAACAAGCACAGCAAGCACGUCUCAGUGGCACCAACCAACGUAACCAGUUCAUGCAUACCAAACUACCGUCGCCAUUUCUGAGUAAGUUUGACUCUUUCCGAUCGUGGCGACGAGACAUCGACCAACGGCUUUAUGAGUGGAAGGAGUCGGCGCCCGAUCCCUCAGAGACCGGCGUCGGAUUUUCCGUGCAGUUCCUGGAACUCAACUACUGGCAGGCUGUGAUAAUGCUGUAUCGACAGAGUCUCAGCGUUCCAGCGCCCCUGGCCAACGAACUGAGCCCGACAGAGGAUGUGGCGAGCCCCUCGAGCCUGAGGAUGGAAGAGAAAGAGGAUGAAGACCUGGUGUUUCUCAAAUGUGCAGAGGCUGGUCAGAAGACGUUGAAGUUAUACAGGCAACUCCACCGCCUCCGACUCGUGAAUUACACAUACCUGGCAACACACCAUCUGUUCAUGGCCGGUAUAUCGUUUCUCUACGCUGUCUGGCACUCUCCGGCCGUUAGAGCUCGCCUGACACUCGAUGACUUUGACUUUACCGUCCUUGCCGCGACGUCUGUGCUCGGCGACCUCAUGGAAAAGUGUCCGCCCGCCGAAGCCUGCCGCGAUGCCUUUGAUAGAAUGAGCAAAGCGACUGUGCAAAUGUGCAUGUCGACUCCUGGCUUCGGGUUCUCAGUUGAGCCACGCGACGAAAGACAACCACGACAACAGCUCUCCCGGCAAACCAGCCUGCAGAACCAUCCACAAUCCCAACCAGUGCUAAUGCAGAUCGAUUCAACACCUCCCUCAACCACACGCAUCGCCCCCAGGCCCUUCCAGAAAAAACGCCCUCCCCCAAAGUUCGAUAUGGACCUCCGCGAACUCUUCCCCGAGGAUCUCGAGCCCAGCACCCGUCCCUCCUAUUCAUUCCCCCAGCCGACGCAGUGGUUACGGCCACAACAACAUUCCCCACAGCCCAGCCCCAACACCGCCAUUGGAAGGGGCCUCCACGCUGCUUCUCUCCAGCACUCGCCAACCCAGGGUCAGAUGUCGCCCGCGUCGAGCAUCAACUCGCAGAUCAACACCGGCCUCGGCAUGGGCCCGUCGUCCACCAAUGCCCACCUGUUCAGCCCCCAGCAGAGUCACGCCCAGACGAACGCCCAGUUCUACAUGCAGAACACGUACAACCCAGACUUCAUGUCCAGUCUGCCGGGCAUGGACUUUCUAAACAGUAUGGGUGGCGACAGUGGGGCGGGCGGCGAGGACGACUUCAAAAUCGACGCCGGCGGUUUAGGCGACUUGGGCUUCGGCAUGGGUUUGGACAUGCAGCACGAUUGGAGUGACGGGCAGCAAUACGAUUUGUUUGAUGGCUUCUUUUUCGGCAACGGCAUUGGCAAUGGUAACGCCAACGGUAGCGGCAAUGGCAAUGGUAACGGGUAUAUUGGUGGGGAUGCGGGUGGGUAUAAUGCUGGGCAAGGGACCGGAACUUCUUGA